ACAAGCUGUGUUGUAGUACAAGUUGACGUUGCAUACUGUCUUAGAUUUUUAAGUCCAGUCCCCUCCGUCGACAAAACCAAGGGCGGGCCGCCGUUAGGAAGUGGGAAAGAGGAUUUUGGUAGAACCCUAAUAAAAAUAGUAAGGUCCUAAGUAACAGUGGACAUGGAUAUGCAAAGCGAGUUCGAUCGCCUCCUCUUCUUCGAGCACGCUCGUAAGACUGCUGAAACUACCUACGCUCAGAAUCCCCUCGAUGCUGAUAACUUGACGAGAUGGGGAGGUGCAUUAUUGGAAUUAUCACAGUUCCAGCCCGUUCCUGAAUCUAAACAGAUGAUUUCUGAGGCAACCUCAAAGUUGGAGGAGGCAUUGGAGGUUAAUCCUGAAAAACAUGAAACUCUUUGGUGUUUGGGGAAUGCACAUACAUCUCAUGCAUUUUUAACUCCUGAUAUGGACGAGGCUAAGGUUUACUUUGACAAAGCAACUCAGUGCUUUCAGCAGGCAGUUGAUGCGGAUCCAGGAAAUGACAUUUACCGCAAGUCUUUGGAAGUUACCUCUAAGGCUCCAGAGUUGCACAUGGAAAUCCACAAACAGGGUUCCAUGCCACAAGCUAUGGGACCAGAGCCUUCAACAUCGACAAGCACAAAGAGUUCCAAAAAGAAGAAGAGCAGUGAUCUCAAGUAUGACAUUUUUGGAUGGGUAAUACUUGCAGUUGGUAUUGUUGCAUGGGUGGGAUUUGCAAAAUCUAAUAUGCCGCCACCGCCUCCUCCACAAUGAAGCUAGAAUACAGCUUUACUGGCCAAGAUACAUGUCAGUUUUUCAUUUAGUUACUGAAAUUAAGACUUUUGCUAGUGUAAUAGAUUAAAUAAGAAACAUUUUUUUUUCUCUUGAUAUAUUUCAUGGAGUUCGGCUUUGACCUA